AUGGCACGCAGUUGCAAGAUCAAAGAAAUACCAAGCUUCGGAAACAGAUUGUCCUGGGGAGGUAAAAGGGAGAAUGUUUGGGUCCAGUGCAGACUAGAUAGAAGCUUUGGUAAUGCGGAAUGGUUCACUCUAUUUCCUAGAGCCAAAACUGAAUACUUAGAGAUGAUGGGGUCGGAUCAUAGGCCCAUCCUCACCAGACUAGUGGGAGAGGACACUUGUCAUAGAGGCAGGUUCUGCUUCGAUAAACGCCUGAUAAACAAACCGGAGACAGAGGAGAUUAUUAAGAAGCACUGGCGUUUACAUUCAGUGGGAGCAGGAGAAUCAGUGACUGCUCGUUUACUAAGGUGUCGGAGAGCCUUAUCCAAGUGGAAGCGCCUAGCUCCUACAAACUCCCAUACACGGAUCACUCAACUCAAAAAGGACCUGGAAACGGAGUCUACAAAAAUGUUUCCAAACUUCCAACGUCUGCAAGGCAUUAAGUGGGAUCUCAACAAGGCUUUCAGGGAGGAGGAAAUCUAUUGGAAACAGAAGAGUCGUCAGAAGUGGUUGAGGGAAGGAGAUAGAAACACUACCUUCUUUCAUGGAAGUGUGAAGUACAAGAGAUUAAAAAACAGAGUGAUCUCCCUAUUAGACAAGCAUGGACUCGAAGCCUAUGAGGAAGGUUCUAAGGGUAGUAUUGCGGUGGAGUUUUUCUCGGAGUUAUUCACCUCUUCCAACCCGACUGGCUUUGAGGAUGUGCUGGAAGGAAUGGAACCGCGGGUUACAGAGGAGAUGAAUCUUAAACUGACGUCUCCAAUCACUGCUCUUGAGAUUAAACAAGCGGCGUUCAAAGUACAAGGAGAUAGUGCUCCGGGGAUUGAUGGAUGGACUGGCACGUUCUUCAAACAGUAUUGGAACACCAUUGGAAAGGAGAUAGUGUCGGAGGUGGAACAGUUUUUCCAGAGUGGCACCAUGCUGCAAGAUUGGAACCACACACAAAUCUGCCUUAUUCCUAAGAAACCAAACGCGAAUGCGAUGACGGACAUGCGUCCUAUCAGUCUUUGCUCGGUGUUGUAUAAGAUAGUGUCAAACGUUUUAUGUACGCGGCUGAAGAGAUGCCUCCCUAAGCUGGUAUCUGAGACUCAAGGAGCCUUUGUGUCUGGUCGCCUCAUAUCUGAUAAUAUACUCAUCGCGCAUGAGAUCAUACAUGCCUUACGGACUAACUCCAAGUUCAACAAAGAUAUGAUAGCCAUCAAGACUGACAUGUCAAAGGCAUACGACCGGGUCGAGUGGGACUUCCUGGAGCACUUAUUUGUGAAAAUGGGUUUCAAUAGCACAUGGAUUCAGUGGAUCAUGUCCUGUGUCAGAUCAGUCUCUUAUACGGUGCUCAUUAACGGAAGCAGCCACGGGUUUGUUAAACCAAGUCGAGGGAUUCGCCAGGGGGACCCUUUAUCCCCUUUCUUGUUCAUCCUAUGCGCGGAGGCGCUAGUGCAUCUUAUGCAACGACGUCAUGAACAACAACGGUUAACGGGCUUCCAGUUCAAUGAGUCCUGCCCAUCAGUUCAGCAUUUACUAUUUGCAGACGAUAGCCUCUUUAUCUGCAAGGCGAACAAAGAGGAAUGUGAGGAAGUGCUGAAUUGUCUGAGCUUGUAUGGCAAGGCUUCUGGACAGGUGAUCAACUUUGCUAAGUCGACGGUCACGUUCGGUGGUAAAGCGUCAUACGACACUAAAGAAUUGGUGAAAACCACUCUUGGUAUAAGGAAUGAAGGCGGCUCUGGAUCCUAUCUCGGCCUACCUGAAUGCUUCAGUGGGUCUAAACAGGCUUUACUAGCCUUCAUUGGGGAGAAACUCCAAGGCAGACUUCAUGGGUGGUUUGCUAAGUCCUUAUCGCUCGGGGGAAAGGAAGUUUUACUUAAGUCCAUCGCCAUGGCCUUACCUGUUUACGCCAUGUCCUGCUUCAGGCUGAGUAAAAACCUCUGUCGUAAACUAACCAGUGCAAUGACAGAGUUUUGGUGGAGCCAUUGUGAGGGACAAAGGAACAUCGCCUGGGUGGCAUGGGCAAAGCUUUGCAAGGCUAAGAGUGAAGGUGGUCUGGGCUUCAAAGACUUAAGUGACUUCAAUCAGGCUCUGCUUGCUAAACAGUCCUGGAGGAUGCUUAAUAACCCGACUUCAUUGGUAGCACGUUUCUUUAAGAGUCGCUACUUUCGCUACAAGUCUAUUCUUGACUGUGGGACUGGCUCCCGGCCGUCUUACGCGUGGCGAAGCAUACUUCAGGGACGUGACCUACUGAAAAAAGGGCUGCUAAAGGUCAUCGGAGAUGGCAGUAAUACUCUGGUAUGGCAGGAGAAAUGGAUACAGGAAGAACAUCCACGGGCUCCUUACCGUGCUCAAAUUUUCUUUGACGUCCGCCUUAAAGUCUCAGACCUGCGAGACCCGAGUACUGGACAUUGGGAUGUCUCGAAAAUUGAGAAUCUCUUUCCCCCUGGUGACGCAAACCGAAUCCUCGCAAUGAAGUUAGCAGUAGGCCAACCCGACAGAUUCAUCUGGCCUUAUAAUAAAGCUGGUGCCUAUACUGUUAAGAGUGGGUACUGGCUGUCCAGAACUUUGCCUUCACUCUAUGAGAAACCGCCAGAGGAGUUAAUUAGGUCUAACAAACUGAAAGCUAAGGUAUGGAGGUUGAAGACAGUUCCUAAAAUUAAAUCCUUCUUGUGGAGAAUGCUUUCAGGUGCUUUAGCGGUUGCUGAUAGACUUGCGUGUAGGGGUAUUAGCAUUGAUCUGCGAUGUCCUGUUUGCGGUGAUGCGAGGGAAACUAUAAGCCACACAUUGUUUGGAUGUCAUGUAGCCCGACAGGCCUUUGCUUUAGCCAAUGUUCCGUUACCGUCGGGGGGUUUCUCUGAGAGUAGUGUAGAGAACAACUGGGAGCAUCUCGAAAAGGUGAUUCAAGAUACAGCUGCUCCUGAGGAAAUUAGAUCAGUGAUCCCAUGGCUUUUAUGGAACGUUUGGAAGUAUAGAAAUACAGUGGUGUUUCAGGGCAAACAGGGUGAGGUGCAAGAGAUUGUGAUCAAGGCUUAUCAAGACGCGUUACAGUGGAAGGAUGCUCAGCGACAGGAGGAGCUAGAUCAUAACGGACAGGUGGUCCAUCAUGCCCGUGAGGCUUUUACGCGGUCUAAGUCUAUUUGUGAGGCGGGAUUAAGAUGUGUGUUAUGGACGGUGUCUGCUCUGAGGGAUCUUCAUGUAGCGAGGGUCAUCAUAGCCAUCGACAGUGCCCAAGUUGUUGAAGCAAUCACGAAUCCUCAUAACUGGCCUCGGUUUGGCCUCUUGUUGCAGGAAAUACAACAGCUUAUUGAGGGCUUUGAGUCGUGGGACUGUGAGACUGUAGGACGAUCAGCGAAUCAAGCUGCUGUGGCUAUAGCUAAGAGCGUGACGCGGGAAAAUAGGUUUCAGUCGUACUUGGCCUUAGGAGGCCCCUCGUGGCUACACGACCUUAUCUCUGCAGAUGACUAA